UUACAGCGACAAUCCUACGGGACAUAUACCAACAACAACAACAACAAUAAGAAAGUGAAACCUACUUUCGGAAUAUCAUUUGGUUUACCCAACCAGGGAGGCGGUGGGUACCCUAUAAAUCCCUAUGGGUCUAAUCCUUUCGUAAAUCCCUAUGGUGGAUCAAUAGGAAAUUCCGGAAUCAAUCUCGGAUUAGUUUCCGUAAACCCGUUAAUUUCUUUGCAAGUUACUAAAGAUGACUAUGGAGAAAAAAUUUUAAAACCGUUCGUCAAUUUACAUGUUACUCCCAAUAAUCACUUACUCCACAAGUUCCAUGACCUGUUUUCUUAUAAGAAAAACUUAAUUUUCAACAAACACAAACAUCUUCACUUCCACAAACCGCAUCACCAUAAUGUUCACUAUUAUCCUUCACAUACAUCUCACGAUCCGCCAGAACUACACCACGGUCCUCCAUCAUUUCAUCAUAGUAGCCCUUCUGUCGAACAUCAUCCUGGAUAUCAUUACGGUUUUCCGCCUGCGGAAUUAAAUGGCGCUCCUAUUUCUUACGACAGUAGCCAUGAUUACGAUUCCAAAGGUCCACACUAUGAUCCAAAUUCUCCAGUAUCAUAUUACGACGAUCCCCAUAAUUACGGUGGUAGUCACGGAGGAUACUAUAGUGGUAGAGCAUAUGAUAAUACAACUGAUGUAGUUAACGGUAAUAAUUUAAUAACUCAAUAUGAGCAACAGUACGAUGACGGUCAAGGGAUAUACGGUAGUCAAAAUUCAGAUCAUUCUACAAAUUAUGAACCUAUUGCCCAGAAUCCUAAUUCCAGACGUGGUAAAAGUAUAUCCACCUCUACUCCCAUUAAAUUCCCUUCCAGUAGAAAAAGACGUGACGUGACGCUGACUGAGACGAACGAACAUAACUUUACGAAGGUAAAGUCGAUUUACCUAAAAAAUGAACUAUCCAUAACUGUGUUUCAUUUUUGAAAUGUGUAAUAA